AUGUCAAAUUUGAAAGGGAUCGCUUUUGAAGGCGGGCGUGGCUCUUCCCCAACGGGGGCGUGGCCGAGCGAAAGGGGGAGGGCUCGACUGGAGCGGAGGGCGUGGCUUGCCGCGGCCUCGUACCGGGUGCUGAGCCGUUUGCUCGGCUAUGGCGGGGCCGAGUCAGGGGCAGCUGGGCUGGCGCUCGGGGGAGGCGUUGGCGAGACCGCUGCCCUCGCGGUUGGCGACCGGGGGAGGACGGGCGGGCUGCGAGGCUCGCAGCUCUUGGUCUUCCGCCCGGGCGAAGCCGGAGAGCCGUCGGGGGUCACCCGGGGAGCUGGAUUGCCGCCGACGGCGCCGCCGCCGCCUCAAGCGACCUCGGAGCUCUUGUGCGCCAGGCACCGGUGCGCCCUCUUGGACACCCCGAAAGGCGAGCCCGGAGGGGGAAGAUGCUGGAGCGGCGCGGCUGGCGGCCUCCUCUUGCCCCCGGGAGCCGGCCUGGAGUUCCAGCUGGCCGCCUUGGGGCUCCACCAGGCGCCCCCGACGGCCCCGGCUGGGCCGGGCAAGCCCCCCGCCAACCCAGCCGGUGUGGGGGGCAGCCGCUUUCCACCCGCCGCCGCUCCGGCGCCCCCGCUUCCUUCAGGCGCCGCUGCUGGUCCUUCCUCUCCUCCUCCUCCUCUCCCGGCCGGCUCGGUGCCCCCCGCCGCGGCCAGCCGGCCCAGCUCCUCCGCCCCUUCCAGAAAAGGGUCCUUCAAGGUCCGCCUGAGCCGCCUUUUCCGCACCAAAAGCUGCAGUGGCGCGUCCUGCACCUCGGCGGCUCCCUCGGGUGCACGUCGGGCCGGGGAAAGGGACCCUCCCCAAGCCGCGGCCACCCCGACCCCCUCGGGCACGGCCGGGAGUCUCCCCGAUGUGUCUCAGCCUGGAGGCCGGGAGCAAGACCCCGGAAGAAAACCAAGAUUGAUGCGAACACAAAGUGCCUUUUCUCCUGUUGCUUUUGGUCCCCUCUUCACAGGCGAGACAGUGUCACUGGUGGACGUGGAUAUCUCUCAGCGUGGUCUGACGUCCCCACAUCCCCCAACGCCACCACCUCCCCCACGACGAAGCCUCAGCCUUUUGGAUGAUAUCAGUGGGACACUGCCUACAUCUGUCUUAGUGGGUCCGAUGGGGUCUUCAUCCCUCCAGUCUUUUCCUCUGCCUCCGCCGCCUCCACCGCAUGCCCCUGAUGCAUUUCCCCGAAUCAUUCCAAUCAGAGCUCCAGAAGCAGUACACAGCCAACCUGCACAACACCUCCAGUGCCCCCUCUACCGGCCUGACUCAAGCAGUUUUGCAGCAAGCUUGCGAGAGCUAGAAAAAUGCGGUUGGUACUGGGGUCCUAUGAACUGGGAAGAUGCUGAAAUGAAGCUGAAAGGGAAACCUGAUGGCUCCUUCCUGGUUCGUGACAGCUCUGAUCCUCGGUACAUUCUAAGCCUCAGCUUUCGAUCACAGGGUAUUACCCAUCACACCCGAAUGGAGCACUACAGAGGAACCUUCAGUCUUUGGUGCCACCCCAAGUUUGAGGACCGUUGCCAGUCCGUGGUGGAGUUCAUCAAGCGUGCCAUUAUGCACUCCAAAAACGGGAAGUUCCUUUACUUCUUGCGAUCCAGAGUACCAGGUCUCCCUCCAACCCCUGUUCAGCUUCUCUAUCCGGUUUCUAGAUUUAGCAACGUUAAAUCAUUACAACACCUUUGCCGCUUCCGGAUAAGGCAGCUGGUCCGCAUCGAUCACAUUCCAGAACUGCCACUCCCCAAGCCUCUGAUCUCAUACAUCCGCAAGUUCUACUACUACGACCCCCAGGAGGAAGUCUAUCUCUCCCUGAAAGAGGCCCAGCUGGUUUCCAAACAGAAGCAAGAAGCAGAGUCUUCAACGUAGUGAGGGGCCUCCCUGUCCCGUACUUGCUGCUAUCACCAAUGGAAUUUGGUCACCAGUAUCCUGUAGCUAUAGAAGCUGUACUGGAGAGGACUCCUGGCAUUUGCUUGCUUUCUGGUUGUCUCUGGGUCAUCGGAGAAGGCCCAGGGCAUGAAAAGAAGCACAGCUGUGCACGGAAACACAGGAGCCAUGGCCCCCCCUCCCCACCUGGUUCCAUAAAGAUGUUGGAAUCUGCUGAAACUGGACUACAAACUCCUGGAAGGAUGGAGAAUGUUAUUUUUUGUUAAAUUUCUAUUUUUUUGGUGCCCCUCCCUCGUACCUUACCCUUCUUCUGGCAUGGGAAAUAGUGAGCCGAUUAUACAUUUUGUUUACGUAUUGCCAUUUUGGGGUGUGGGGUGUGUAGGAUGCGUGUGCUGCGGACAUAUGGAACUUCAUGAAUAAAGCCGCAGUUCUAGUCCAGUGAUUCUGUCCGAAGGAGGCUGCUUUUGUAAGGCGAACCAGAAUCCCAGCUAUGUACGGUCACAGAGGAGCAGUACAACAGGGAUGGGCUCCAAGGGUAGAUAAUGUCAAGCUAAGGGUACGGAUUUCUGUUGUCUGAAGGAAGGGGGUGCUGGGUACGUGCAAGAAUUUAAGCCUGAUCAAGCAAUGGGAAACCAACCAGAUGCAAAGAAGAAGAAAAAAAUGCUGAUGCCUUUAACUAAACACCAACGGGACACAGGUAAUAUCACGGAGCUGUUCAACUGCAGGUAUCAUUAGCCAGCUGAAUAUUGGAUGGAUCUCUUAGGGUAAACCUUUUGCCUUUCCUCUCAUCAGUUCUAAUGCUGGGACCCCCGUCUAACAGACAGCUAUGGUAGCAGUGUUAGUUCCUCUAUGGGGGCAGAGGCAACAUGCGUCCUUGACAGCUGAAACCAAUCUCUGUUACAAAUGGACUUCUGCCUUCCUGUUCCCAAGAUCUGCAAGCCAAGCUGCCCUGCUGAACAAGAAGAAAGAAGGUUUGAUGGGUGAAAGGAAACAUCUGUUGGCCCUUUUCCAGACAAGGGAGCAUAUUUUUAGAAGCACCUUAGCCCCAGCCCAGUAUGAGAAUGCAAAAGAAAGAACAAAAUUUAAUAAUAAUGACCGUGAUGUAUUUCUACUUGCCUCCCCAUUCCUGCUUUCAGUACCGUAAGGCUGUGAUACAGCUUUAGUGGGAAAUCUGGUGAGCAGACCAACAAAGGAAAAAAAAAUUGUGUGCGAUUUUAAUUGUCCUCCACAAGAAGAAGAUCAGGUUUUGUUGCAGUGAAACAAAAAUGGGAAAGCCCUGAAAUGAAAUGAUUGUGACAUCCAAGAGGUACGUCUCCCCUUUUGUGUCUGUUUCUGUCUCCACCUGCAGGUAUUUGGCAUACAUUUUUUGUGAGUUUAUUAAAACUGUGAUAUUGACAUUAUUCUUAAGUAAACAUCUUAUUUAUUAUUACUAUUUUUGUGAAGAUUGCAUCGUACUGUCUGUCCAAACAGUUUCUACCUUGACUUCUGCCUCUAUUUCUAGAGGUCUCCACCAUGCACACUGGAUGCAGGAAAUGGUGAGCUUUCACUGUCAUGGAGAUUUUACUUUGAAGUUAUUUCAAGAAGGAUUGUUACAGUUAACUAAUUGAUUGUUUUUCUAAAACUAAAUUUAAAAUCGGCUGAUCCUGGAUUUUUGAAAAUCACAUGGCUCUAAGGAAGUGGGGGCCUCUACUUUCCAUGAGUAUUUUGUCUUUUCCAAUGUAGAAUUACAUGUGGGAGUCAAAAUAUCUACUUGGCUUGCUCUCAGAAUGUUCACAUUCCUUCAUCAUCAUCUCAUUUUGUUCUGAAGCACAUGCUCCUGAACUGAACCUGCAGUGACUGUUUGGACACCCAUCUAUCUAUGCUUUGCUCUACCCCAAAGAUGCUUCUCUUUCAUUGUCCAGUUCCAUGUGUUUUGUUGUUGUUGUUUUUGUUUGUGGAAAUUGUGAAUUGGAAACACACCUAACUGCUAAAGGUGAGCUCUUCCCUGAAGGCCAGUCCUUUCCUAACCAUCCCACCAACAGCAGCCAAGAUCCUUGUGAGACCAUGAAGGUGUCGGGCACAUCAUGUGGUGAUGAUAGUGGUAGGGAAAGCGAUGUUACUGGAACGUUUGUGAUUCCCAGUUUUUGAUACACUGGAGAAAGACAUCCCUCUGCUGUAAUAGAUCUAGCUAGGCUGAUGGCUGGAGCUGUGCUUCAAAAUAGCAACAAAGGAAUAAUAUCAACAGAACUUACUAACUUGAAACUGAAGAGGUUCUGUGCCAUGUGGGAUCACAAGGAAUUAAGAGGCCACCAUCCUGAAGCCUUCUGAGUGUGCAUUUUGAAAUGUUAACCAUACACUGGAAAAAAAAACAAUUGUUCUAUUCUAACUAGUGUAUUCUGGAGCUUGUGUGCAACUGCAAAAGAGGAUUUAAAGGCACUGGAAUUCAGCUGUAACAGCCAAAAGGGGGAUUUGAUCUGCUGGCAGCUAUCUGGUUAAUUAAUUGUUCAAAAGCUUUGGAUUGUAUAUUGAAGUUCUCAUAAUUUCUUUUGAGCCCCACAUACCAGUUGAUUAUGUCCACCCUCCUUACCUCACUUAAGAUGACGAGCUCCCUGAUCAACCAUGGAUUGAAGAUUUAUUUAUUCUUUCAGCUUGGAUGAAAUCAGAGAUGAAACCAGCUAUUUCUCAGUCCCAGAAACCGAAGGUCUCUACUUGUGGGGAUGUGUUCAGUAUAACCUGGUUCAAACACGCACAAACCAUGCCCCAGUGACAAACCCUAGAUGCCUCGUCCUGGAUUCCUGUUGUUUGGUGGAACCAAACAUCUCUGAAACUGCACUGACUGACUACUGAGUCACAAAGGGCGAUCGUGUGUAAAUAACUUGGCUUUCCUUGGCCACUGUUAUGUCUGCUGUAGUGGUUUUCUUGUAAAAGGAACCUCUCUUUGUGUGUGUGUGUGUGUGUGUGUCUUUUAAAUUCAUCUUUUUGGGGGGCUGUUUUAUGCGUUCUCUUUUGAAAUGUGUGAAUGUGGUUGGGGAUCCGUGUCUUGCUGUGAGAACUAAUUUCUGCACUGCAGUUGUUUUUGAGUUGUCUGCCUCUAACAGAAUCAUUGUUCAGCCUUUUUUUGGUCUGUGUGUGUGCGUGGACGCAGCAUCCCUCCAUGCUCUCCAUAAUAAUAGCAGGGAAAAAUCCAAAACAGUUAACCCAAAACAAACUGGUGGUUUUUAAUUAUUUUUACAGUCAGCUGCUUUCUUUUAAAUUAAAUGCUCAUUUGUUGUAUCCAGGUUGGCUCUUGGAGCUUUAUGACAAAAAAAGCAAACUCUGUGCUGCUUAUAUGAUGCCCCAUAGUGCUUAAAGCACUCUCUGUGUGGUUUGCAAUUCAAUUCUGCAGGCUACAUAUACAUCAUAUGCCCUUGUUCAACCUUUUAUUUCCUUGUUUCCUGGCCUGUAAAGCUUCUUGAUCAAACUGAAGUUUGGGGAGGAGGGGCUAACAGGUGGACCUGAAUUGUAUUUCUUUGGCUGUGUGGAAGGAGAGCAGCUUGCCCAUAAAACAGUUAAUAGUGUAGAAGCCUUUGCUGAUACCACAGUAUACAAAUUGGUAAGGAAGGGGUUAGCUGUUGAGCCAGCAGUGAUAGAAUUGCGAUCCAGACAUACGGAUGUUUUGUAGGGGCUUGGAGCUACAGCAGUUGGCUUUUCUGUUGCUUCAUCCAUGUGUUUUUUAAAAGCAGGUAGGCAUAAGUGCAUAAUUGUCUUGUUAAUUGCUUUGGGUUUCUUAUAUUAAGAAAAAAAAAAACCCUGGGUGCUAACUGGAACCUAAAAAGAGCAGGUGAAGUUGCCCAAUUAAGUACAUCUUUUGAAAUAUGCUGAAAGGGGCUGUUUCUGGUUGUUGCCUACAGAACAACUCUUCACAAUGUUGUGGUGCUCUCUUCUGCUCAGUUACUUGUAGUCUCUCAAGAACGAUAAGGAAUGUGUGUGUUGACAAAGCAAUUAUUGUUAUUUAUUUAUUUUUUUCGAACUACCUAAAACCAUGGGGGAAACUGUUGCACUCAUGAGAGGAUUUCAUUCUAUUUUGAAAAAGGAAUUUCCUUUGCAGAGAGAAUGUGUUGUAUCUAAAAAUGGAAUGGAUUUUUAAAAAGUUAUCUGCUAAGGAUUUAGUCUCUCUGAUUAUAAUUAUUAUUAUUUACACUGUGCACUGAGAAAGUGUCAUGAAGCUAAGUUAGGAAGGCUUCAUUAAAUAAUAAAAUCCUUUCGUUAUGUAGGAUUUCCAGUUUCACAGAUCUCUGUCGUGCAAAGUAGCGAUACCAGAUGUGACCAUCUUUGCGCAUGUGAUGCAGUUUUUCCUUUUGCAUAUGAUUGAUGGUGCAGAAAACAAAAAUAAUUAAAUAUAGAUCUUUGUGCCCUACCUAUUGUGAUAGAACUUCCUUUCUGCAGUGUGUGUUUGAUGCUGUCCCCUUACACCUGCUUCAUUAGGUAGAUUGCCUUUUCUAUUUUGUUGCACUGAACAAAAUUUGAGAGAGGUGGUGAAUGACUUGCCCAAAUCCAUGGUGGAUUUCCCUUUUGCAUUUGGUUGACUGUGCAGAGAGCAAAAAAUAAUUAAAUAUAUUUCAUAAUUAAAUAUAUUUAAUCAAUGGUAAAUUCUGAUGAGAGUUCAGCUGAUUCUCAACAGUCUAAAUCUCUGCCAUCUCUUAUAUCUGUUGGGCAGUGCAGGAGAUUUGCUUCCUACCAUCGUACUGUAAAAAGCAAGUAAUAUUGCAUACACGAUGGCCAGAAUUCUGUUGGCAAUUUACAUGUGCAUAAGUGAAGUCACAUAAAUCAUGGCAACGAAUUGCUGCUGAUUAGCAAGGUGCUGGUUGCAUUCCUCCUUGUGUUCCAGGCAGUCAGCCAGGAAGGCAUCUGGCAUCUUGUAAAUUAGUGGCAACUCAUUGCCAUGACUUCAUUUGCACAUGCAAAUCACCAAUAAUGUUCUGACCUGUGGGAUUUAAAAGCUCUGUGCAUUUUCAGUUUCUUCUCAACCUUCAGAAUUUCCAUGCUGACCCAUUCAAGCCGAGUGUAACCCUUGCCCAGCCCCUGAUGAACCCCAUUUCUUUGCAGACCCAGGAAUGCAGAGAAACACAAGCUUAUCAGUUUGCUUGGCCCAUCGCAACCCAAGACUGAUUACCUGUAAUUUACAGUAAGAACUGUGUCCCUUUGACAAUAAAGAGCUUCAUGCAUUUCUGACAUAGUGACAUUGACUAGACCAGAGCGUUUGUAAUCUGGUUUAGGCAAUUUCACUUCCUAUAGGGCUAUAUUAGCUCAUUGAGAUAAUCACCCUCUAACAUUUCAUUUGAUAAGAGUAAGUAUUCUUAACACAGCUUCAGGAUUCUACUGGGUAGCUGACUGGAUAGGUCGGUGAGGUGGCAUCCCUGGCUGCAGAGGGUAAGGGUUCGAUUAUCCCCUAUGCCUCCUGGGAGAGGAGCCAGCCUGUGGUGCCUUGGCCAAGCUGCACAAUCCCAGGGUGCCCCCAGAAGAAAGGAAGAGUUAAAUAGUUAUGGGUAGUGCCUACCUAGAAAACCUUGGGGAGGGUUGCUAUGAGUCAGAAUUGGUGUAGUGGCAAGAAAUUGUUAGUAUUGGGUAUAAAUCAGUGAAGUGGCAUGACACCUGCCCAAAAAACACAUUUGUCUUAUUAUGGCAAUGCAGAUUAUACUUUGAGAGUUUAUUGCAAAUUUUCCAGGACUAUGUAGCAAAAAAAGAAAAACUCUGCCAGCCCCACUUGGUCACAGAAAGUGGGCAAGAAACAAAACUGAAUAUGUAUACCUCAGUAAUAACACUGAAAAGCUAGUGUGUGUACACAUAAAAAUCUUGGGAUACUUUUCCAACAAAGUUCAUUCAAUAAAAUACCACUAUACUACAUUGCAAGGUGGUUUUUUAGCUUUUACUAAACUCUGAAGUUCGCUUUGUGUGUAUGUAUGUGCAUGUAUGUUUUUAAUUUAUUAAAAUAAGCUGCUGUAAUUUAUUUUCAAAACAAUUAAAAUGUAAACAAAAUCCAGACUUGCAGGCCAAUCUUAAAAAGUUUUGGACUUUGCAGGAGAAGGAAGAAAAGAUGUUUUAUAUGAAAAUGAAUGCACUUUGGGUGUGCUUAGACUUUUUGAGGGGAUCAGGCUGUUUUAUGGACUGGGUUCUGUAUGGCCUUGUCUGUAUAUAUUGUAUUAAUAGGCACGUUUUUUGGUUUCUCAUUUGGAAGCAUUUGUAACUGCUGCAGGGUCCUGUCUGUAAAAUGGAUGUACUAAAUAAUUUUGCCUCAGAGUUUGAGGUGGAAGGUUUUUUUUCCUUUUUGGGUACAUUUUUGUCAACCAUAGGAGGGAACUUUGACUCUUCUCCUGUUUGUAUCUCAUUUCUAUUGUGGGUUGUUUUUUUCUGUUCAUUUGUUCUUUUGGCCUGUGGGUGGAUGUUUGGCAGGGUUGGGGGGGAAGGGUUUGAAAUAAAAUACUUAAAUAGUC